CAACACUUGCGAUGCACGGACCUUGACACAUGACUGCCCCAUCUAUUAGGAUGACUUGUUUCACUUUGACCGUAAAAUCUAUUUCCACCCGGCGCACACUCGAAAAGCAGAUCCAGUACUCCUCGCAUAUUGACAGCAAUGAAACCGCGAACUCAAGGCGCAGACAGGAAAAGCAGAUCCGGUUCUCUUCGUAAUUUGACAACAAUGUAUCCUCGAACUACGAUAUGUGGUUUUCUACUAGCAGUUCUUUUAUUUUAUUUCCAGGGUUUUCGAUGCCCAGGUGGUCUCUGCUCUCCGGUGCCCAGAUUGCAGGAAAUUGAACCCUCCAGUGCUCGAAGCUUCCGAGAAUCCGGUUGGAAGCAGAAGAGUGAUUCAGUUCACGAGCUGAGCUCUGCAUCAGAAAAACGAACCGACGUUGUCUUCUUAAAUGGUCUUCGGCUAGGGCCAGCGCAUGAAGCGCAUCUAUCAAGUUGGAAAUCUCGAUCUAAGACAGGAGAAGUAUGGUUGAUUUGGCUUCACGAAGACAACCCUAGCUUGCGUAUACUUGCAGUCUCCUACGACGCCAGCAUGAAGAAGGAUAGCAAAAAUGGGAGAAUGGAUAUAUUUCAAGUAUCAGAGAAUUUGUUGCAGGAGCUGAUAAUGGCACGUGUUGGUAAAACCGGACCAGUCAUUUUCGUUGGAAACAGUUUUGGAGGAAUAAUCGCAAAAGAAAUUUGUCGACAAGCUCACCUAACUAGGAGCCUUGGUGAGAAUAUUCCAGCGGAAACCACUCUUCUUCACAACCUGAGAGGCCUAUUUUUCUUCGGAGUGCCUCAUCGUGGAAGCUCAUUCACAGAUGUUCUAGAAGAAAUCAACUUCGAGAAAGGAGAGCUGGUUGACUACGUGAAGGUGUUCAGCAAAGACUUGGCAAGACUCAAUCAUGUUUUUGACCGUCUUUGUGAAAAGUACGAGUGGAGAGUUGCAGGCGUGGGUGAAUCGUUACCUACGCUUCUGCCAAACGGUUUCAGCGGAGUCAUAGUUGACGAGGCGUCUGCAAGAUAUAGAGAUUUCAUCAUGGUCAACGAAGACCACUUUUCAAUCUGCCAACCAGCGAGUAGAACUAGCACUUCGUAUCUGCACUUACUUAACUUCAUUGAUGAGAUUCAUGUCAAGGUCAGGAAUACUGCAACAGAUGAGCAAGAACUGCCCAAGAUACAUGUACAACGGUCGGUGAAACGUCCAGAUUUGGGAUGUUGGUGGAUGGAAGGAGUUGCGGAAGCCACAAUUUGGGAAGCUCUUUUCUAUUGUCUAUUGCAAUUGAUAAAAGAUUGGAAUUAACACAAGUUACAAAACUUGAAGUAAUAACACUAGAAUCGAGAGAACGUAUAAUAGUUUACUCGAAGCUCAGGCAUAAAUGGUGUUGAGGAGAGUGCUGAUGUCCCGUCUCUAACAUCACCUCCCCCAUUUCAAACAAAU